AUAAACACCCUCAGUGAUUGGUUGACUUUCCUUGAAGACCAAUGUAGAAUUCAUGAAAAUUAUGACAGGCUUUCAAAGGCAGAAGAUCAAGAAGAUGCAUGUAUUCCAGGAUCAUCAGUUUCUUUAUGUCCCCAAAUAUGUGGAUUGGAGAAAGCUUGGCUAUGUGACUCCUGUGAAGAAUCAGGGUCAUUGUGCCUCUAGUUGGGCUUUUAGUGCAACUGGAUCCCUAGAAGGACAAAUGUUCAGGAAAACAGGGAGAUUGAUCCCUCUGAGUGAGAAGAACCUACUGGACUGCAUGGGAUUUAAUUUUACCCAUGGCUGCAGUGGAGGCUUCAUGCAGAAUGCCUUCCAAUAUGUGAAAGACGAUGGCGGCCUUGCAACUGAGGAAUCCUAUCCAUACAGAGGACCAACAUCUAUUAUGACCCACAGUAUAAAAGGGUUCACCUAAAUCAUGCGUUUCUGGUGGUCGGCUAUGGCUUUGAGGGAGAAGAAUCAGAUGGCAACAGUUAUUGGCUGGUCAAGAACAGGUAUAAAUUUCAGAAUAUAUUUACACUGAAAAGUAAGUUACUGUACACAGUA